GGGCCCUCAGCGCGGCUCUGCACCGCGCCCGGCCCGGUCCGGCCCAGCUGCCGGGGCGGGACACGGCCCUCCGCGGGCCUGCGGCCGGCCCUCUGCAGUCAUGAGGGACGUGUGGCGUGUCCGUGUAUAGAUCCACGUGUGCUUGCGUGUGCAUAUAUAUAUAUAUAUGUGUGUGUCUGUGCGCCUGUAUGCACGCACGCAGAGAACUGGUGAGCAGAAGACUUGUUUUUAAUGAAAUAUACAGCAUGUGCUGAGAAACAAGUCAGGAAACCCAGCCAAAAGCUAAUGUCAUCUGAAAAAACCACAGACAGUCCAGAGGUGCCAAUGGAAAAUACCCCAUUCCCUGAAGUUCCUGAUGUGAAAGGAAAGGUGGAGUCAAAUGACAGUCCAGUAGAGAGACUGGAGGCAGGCUCAGGCAAGGAGGAAUGCCUUGAGUCCAUGUCCAAGAGGCAAAGGAAGAAGCUGUUGAAGCAGAAGCAGUGGGAAGAACAGAAAGAUCUACGGAGGCAGAAACGAAAAGAAAAACGCCAGAAGAGAAAACUAGAGCGUCAGUCAAAAUUGGAUUCCAGUAGUGAGGGGAAUGACAGAAAGUGCAUGCGCAGGGAAGUUGUUCCUAGCACACUUCGCCUCAUCGUGGACUGCAGCUUUGAUGACCUGAUGGUGUUAAAGGAUGUUAAGAAGCUUCACAAGCAGAUUCAGAGAUGUUACGCAGAAAACCGCAAGGCAUUUCAUCCUGUGCAGUUUUACUUGACCAGCCAUGGGGGACAGCUGAAGACCAACAUGAAUGAAAAUGACAAAGGAUGGGUGAAUUGGAAGGAUAUCCAAAUUAGAACAGAGCACUAUAGUGAGCUAAUAAAGAAAGAAGACCUAGUAUAUCUUACCUCAGAUUCCCCAGACGUUCUCAGAGAGCUUGAUGAGAAGAAAGCCUAUGUGAUUGGAGGACUGGUGGAUCACAAUCACCACAAGGGAAUUACUUACAGAAAAGCUGUAGAGCAGGGAAUUGGUCAUGCACAACUCCCACUUGGAAACUUUGUCAAAAUGAACAGUCGGAAAGUGUUAGCUGUCAAUCAUGUGUUUGAGAUCGUCCUUGCAUACCUGGAGAAGAGAGACUGGAAAGAGGCCUUUUUCAGUGUCCUGCCACAGAGGAAAGGGGCUGUUCCUUUGGGAGAAGCCAAUGAUUCAUCCAAACAUGCUCUGUCUGGAAAAGAAGAUGAAGACAAUGACUCAGACAGCAACUAGGCUUCAGAAUUGGAUGAUGGGAAAGACGAGAUGUGCAGUUUGUGGAAUAAAACUGGGACAUGAAGGAGUUUUACUUCAAAGACCA